AUGGCAGGUGGUGUUGAUCAAGCUGUCCCUUCUGUUGUGUCUAAAACUGCCAUUGACAGGAGCCAAGAACCUGACAAAACUAACCACCACAAAUCUGGUAUUGAGGCCUUACUGAUGGCACAGAAAAUACCAAAGGCAGUCACACCGGUUUCUUCUGCUUCCGACAGGGAAUCCAUUAGACGGCCUCGAGGAAGACCAGCAGGCUCCAAAAAUAAGCCCAAACCACCCAUCAUUGUUACCCGUGAAUGUGCAAAUGCACUUCGGGCACAUGCCAUGGAAGUGAGCUCAGGUUGUGAUGUGAGUGAGAGCUUAGCCAACUUUGCCAGGAGGAAGCAACGAGGCAUUUGCAUACUCAGUGGCAGUGGAUGUGUAACCAAUGUCACACUUAGGCAACCAGCCUCAUCUGGUGCCAUCGUAACUCUCCAUGGCAGGUUUGAGAUUCUCUCCUUGCUGGGUUCGAUCCUGCCUCCUCCAGCCCCGCCUGGGAUUACAGGACUGACCAUCUACUUGGCCGGGGCUCAAGGCCAGGUUGUGGGUGGAUGCGUUGUUGGCUCGCUCAUUGCCUCGGGCCCUGUUGUGAUCAUGGCUGCAUCGUUCAUGAACGCCACAUUUGAUCGCUUACCGUUGGAUGAGGAUGAAGUAGCUGCAGCCCUGCAGAAUCAGCACUAUCAAAAUGGUCGUCAUCAUCCCUUAGAUGUCUCAGAUUUAUAUGGGAUGCCUCAGAACUUGCUCACCAGUGGUAAUAUGUCUCCUGAGGUCUUCUCCUGGGCUUCAUGCCGAACCAUGUCAAAGACUCAAGUUUGAUUUGGAGAAUUUCCCAUGUCUCUUUACUGAUGGUGUUUUUAUUCUGUGUUGUUCUCUGUUAUCUGUUCAGCAAUAUAUAAAGCUUUCUGAGUAGAUUUUCUAGCUUCACUUAUUAGAUAAUACCUCUUAUACUACCACUUUCAUUGUAUUAAACAAGUGUGAAUCUAAAGAUUUAAUAUUCUUCUUUAAUACUUUGAACACCUUUAAAAUAGAUAUUAAAAUUUAGGACGAAACUAUGUAAAAUUUCUUUAUAUUAACAAAGUAUAUUGUGAAUCUGAAUUUACAAUUUAUAAA